AUGGAGAACGACCACGGAGAGCUUGUUGACCUUUACGUGCCCCGCAAGUGCGCGGCUACUGGCCGUCUCAUUGAGGCCAAGGACCACGCUUCGGUCCAGAUCGCCAUUGCCGACGUCGACGAGAACGGCAAGAUGAUCCCCGGCCAGACCACCAACCUCCCCAUUGCUGGCUUCAUCCGCCACCAAGGUGAGAGCGACGACUCGCUCAACCGUAUUACCCAGGAGCUCGGCCACAGUCUGCGCCUGGCACGGAAGCAAUUCCUCUCUAUGCCGGGGGCAGGAUUCCAUUUUUAA